CGUGUAGUAUUGUCUAUAUAUGACCAGCUAUGUAUCAUUGUGUUACAGUACCGGCGACAUGUUCCACUUGUGGCCACACGUUAUGGGCGACGUAUUCGUGGCAAACCCUCACAUACCCGGAUAACAACUUCAACUACCCAAGCAACCAAGCCUGCGAGUGGAACAUCCAGUCGGGGAGGUCCGGCUACAUUCAAAUACAGACCGUCUAUGUUCACAUUCAAAACUCAUUCGCCUGUUCCAAAGAUUACCUAGAAAUAGGUCAAAUCCUAACAGGCUAUGAACUAGUGUGUGGAGAGCGGGCAUUGCAGUAUGAAUCAGACGAAAAAGGAAAGGAUGUCUUCCUACGUUUCGUUAGUGAUGGACACGGCUCAGACAGGGGGUUCCGUGUCAAGUACAGAAUCGUCGACGCGCCCAGUGCAGAGUACUUGCCGGCUACACGGAACUACACUCCAGUCAUAUACCCGUCUAGCCAGGACGCCAUCAGCGGUUCCUUUGAAAAAUCUUGGAUCAUGUACACUCAAGAUACAAAACUUCAUGUCCUGGUGAAAUUUGAGGAGUCAACGAUAAUAUGUACGAAUGCCUUCAUCAAAGUAUUUGAUGGCAUAUCAACAAGUGACCUUCUUCUUGGCAACUUGUGUGACAACCGCACAAACACAUUCCAGAGCACGGGGGAAUAUGCCCGGGUCCUGCUCCACUCACAGACUGGCGCUCCCGGAAGUAUCAGCUUCAAGUUCCGAGCUGUAGACCCCCCGUCACUGCCAAGUAAGUGUCCCAGUCACUGUCGCGUGGUCAUACUUCAGUCCCGACUCAGCGAACUAACACUGUUUACUGGGAGAAGUAUCAGAUAA